UCCGGUCGGUGGAGCCUGGCGGCCCGAGUGGCGGCGGCGGCGGCGGCGGGCGGCCGAGUGGCGGGAUGGCGGGCGCCGCGAGCGAGUCGCGCUUCGCGGGGCUGUCGCUAAUGCAGCUGCACGAACUGCUGGAGGACGACGCGCAGCUCGGCGAGAUGGUGCGGGGCAUGGAGGAGACGCAGACUGUUCAGCUGAACAAAGAGAUGACACUGGCUAGCAACCGGAGCCUGGCCGAGGAAAACCUUCUGUACCAGCCCCAACUGGAUGCUCGGAAAGCUCGCCUAACCCAAAAAUAUCAAGAACUCCAGGUUCUCUUUGAGGCCUAUCAGAUAAAGAAGACCAAGCUAGAUAAACAGUCAAACAGUGCUUCCUUGGAGACUCUGUUAGCACUUCUUCAAGCAGAAGGGGCCAAGAUUGAGGAAGACACUGAGAACAUGGCAGAGAAGUUUCUGGAUGGAGAGCUUCCUCUGGAUGCCUUCAUCGAUGUCUACCAGAGCAAGCGGAAGCUGGCACACAUGCGUCGUGUGAAAGUGGAGAAGCUCCAGGAGAUGGUGCUGAAGGGACAGAGACUCCCACAGGCCGGGGCCCCAGUGCUACCCAGGGUGCCCGAGCCAGUAACUGCCACCCCCCUGUCCUAUCCCCCUCUGGAGGCCACUGGGCUCCCUUGUGUUGUGCCUCGGCGCAUUCCUCCACCUCCGCCCCCAGCACCUGCGGGACACAUAGCCACCCCGUUCACUGCUGCCAUGGGCUCAGGACAGGCUUCUCCAUACCCAGGAUUGCAGUGCCCACCUCUGCCCCCCAGGGUGGGCCUCCCCUCUCAGCAAGGAUUCUCUGCACAGUUGGUGUCACCAUACCCGCCAGCCCUGCCCCAGAGACCCCCUCCACGGCUGGCCCCGCACCAACCAGGCUUCAUCCUCCAGUGAACUCCUGUGUCUUCUUCCUGCAAGACACUGCCUGCUGUGCCAAGCUCUGCAAAGGGAUUGAGCAUCGGGGCCAAUGGCUUGGGUGCCCUGGGCCAGUGUGUCUAUCUGAUUUUAGAACUGUAGGUCCACGGUGAGUAAUAGAGAGUGAGUUUUGUGGACCAAGGGAGCUCUGUUCGUGCCAGGCCAGAGUUUGGCACGCCUGCUGUCCCAUCAGUCUGUGUUCUGGGUGUGAUUUCUAAGUAACUAGUGUUGAUGGACUUGUGCAUUUGGGGAGAUAACCCCCCACUCCAAUUCAGAAUCACAGCCCUCACGUUGCAGCUUUAUUUAAAAAGCAUGGUUAAUUAUAUGUUUUCAAGUCCUGGUCCACCAGCUCCUGUGGCGCUGGUAAAGGCUGGUUUAUACUGGCCAGCCUGGAACGUACACCCACGGCCAGGCCUUGCUGCUGGGCAGCUGUGCUGUUAAUUUAGUCUGUGCUGGGCAGGUCAUUAGUCACCCUUCCCUCUCUACAUACUGGAUGCUUUCUUGGUUCAAAACCAUGAGCAGAGUUUGCACUUGGCUGCUGUGCAGAGGCCAGGAGAGCUGUGGCUCUGGGUGUGAGUCUGAGUGUGAGGCCAGUGUGAGCCGGACUUUGCACAGUUCAGUCCUCCGCCCUCACCUCACAUCUCAGCCUCAUGACGGUUUCUGUGAGGAAAAAAAAUACUCAGUGUUUUUACUACACUUGUAAUUUUCCUGUUUUAUAUUUGAAAAGAAAACUUUUUUGACAUUCUCAAGACCAUUCAGGGAAACUUUUUUAAAAACACAGAUACUGUUUCGAGCUGGUUAAAAACACAGAUUUAUUGCGUACCGCUUCCUGUCAGGCGAGCAGUACAUGGUCACAUCUGUCAGUGCCCAUGCUGUGCCUUAGCUUCACUCGGUGCCAGGAUUCAGGCGCCUGCAGUGGGCCAGCCGUGGCUGCCCUGUUGGGCCUCAUUGCGUUGUGGUAGGUCAGAGGCCGGUCAUCUUCACUCUGGGGCAGUGUUCGGUGCUGCAAGUGUUGGCCAAGGGCGCGGAAGGGAUUUGGGGAAACCCCUCAUAGGGUUGGUGGGUUCCUCUCUGGGGUCUCAUCUGCAGGUGCCACAUGCAGAGUUCCCAGGGCCCAGCUGGGAGAGGGCAAUAACCACACCUGUUCCAGAAGAGGGCCGUGUACUUGCUGGUAGACCUUAGAGCCCUCUCUCACCCUGCCAGCUGGCUGCAGCCCAAGGUGACAGAGUCAAGGCAGAGCUGGUUAGAGAGCCUGUCCCUGGCAGGGCCACCAGCCUUUGUCCCCAAGUCCUGUACUCCUGCUCAUGGACUUGGACUCUACCCCACUGGAUCUAUUCUGUAACGUGACAAAGCUGUAUGUGCCACCUUAACACCUCUGCUGCCAGCUGCCAUCAGGAAUGCCCACUGCCCAGCCAUGGGCUGCAGCCACAUGGGUGCUCCAGGUGGAUGUGGUGAAGGGGCUGCCAGGCUGACCUUGCCAGCACUGCCUAGAGCCAUAGCUGGCACUGGGGUUGUAAAGCUGUAGAACUCUUAAUAAAUUGAGAAUUAUUAAUUUCA